AUGUACCUCUAUUUGGUCUUUGAUGCGCGCGUGCGGUGGCACUUUUUGGCCGAUGUCAGAAAAAGUCAGUCACGUCGUCUUGAGAAAGGUUUGACGCUUGCGCCUGCAAAGUGCCGGUCUCUUAGUGCUGUACGAGAACGUAAGCCCAAAGUAGCGGCGAUUUGGCGCGCAAUACUAAGCUCAGGUUGGGUAGGGGGCCAGGUGUGGCAGGGAACGGGGAGGUGGGGUCUUGCGGUUGGUUACCGCAGGUGGUCGAAAUGGUCGACUCCAUUGGCUGUUGGAUUAAUAUAG